GUAUUGCGCUAACAGUGAGGUUUUUCUACCUGCUUUAUAUAUUCUUGUUGAAAUUGAAAACUUUACGCCGCUUAUGCAUAGUCACCCACUCAACCAGUUCAGUGUGUUCUGCUUGGUGUUCAUGGCGUAAUUGUUGUUUGCUGUUUCUGUGUUUAAAUGCGAUCAAAAAACUGUCAAACCUUGUUGAUUUGGCGUUACUGUCUGUUUAAUGUGAACUCGUUCUACAUGCUGUGACAUUAACCUUUUUUUUUUUGUAUGUUUUUUUUGUCAUUGUGGCAAUGACAGAUUGCAUAUAAUCACGAUUAGCUUCCUGUCUACUAGUGCUCUGUGACAUUUAGUGAUUUACUUAAAUAUUUUUGUGUCCAACGUUAAUAUGUAUUCCUCUGAAUUGUAAAAUAUGCUUUCUACUAUUAACUCGUCAUACAAUAUUAUUUAGAUGUUGUUUGACUUUUAAGUAAUAUUGUUCCAGCAAACAGUUCGAAGUGACUUUUGGGUGACUUGACUGUUGAGCGUUCACUCCAGUAAAACUAUAUCCUGCCUCCUUUUUGUUUUUGAAAUAAUGAUUAUAUUGUCUGAAUUUUACUAACAACUAUACUUAUUCAGUGUGAGAUCUCAUCCUGUUUCGCUGAACAAAAAGCAAUUAUUCUGCUGUAAGAAUGGCAACGAGUGGAUACACAGGUUAAUUGUCAUUUUUGUCGAGUGGAUGAAAUUUUAACCGUUCUACCUGUCUAUAUAUCGCAGGCUUAGAUAAAUGAGCAAUGAUAUGUUACUUGCAUCCUUCCAUCCAUCCAUUUUCUGUACCGCUUUAUCCUCACAAGGGUCGCGGGCGUGCUGGAACCUAUCCCAGCUACCUUCGGGCGAGAGGCGGGGUACACCCUGAACUGGUGGCCAGGCAAUCGCAGGGCACAUAUAAACAAACAGCUAUUCGUGCACACAUUCACACCUAAGGGCAAUUUAGAGUCCUCAAUCAACCUACCAUGCAUGUUUUUGGGAUGUGGGAGGAAACCGGCGUACCGGAGGAAUCCCACGCAGGCACGGGGAGAACAUGCAAACUCCACACAGGCGGUGCUGGGAUUUGAACCAUGGUCCUCAGAACUGUGAGGCAGAUAUGCUAAUCAGUCGUUCACCGUGCCGCCUCGUUAUUUGCAGCAGAUAUAAAUUCUUUAUCAAUUACUUUGACAAGUGGGUCAUAUUGUUUUACAGUACACUGUGUUUUGCUUGUGUACUCGUAGAUGGCGAAUGCACAGCUCUCAAGGGCUGAGGCGUUGGCCUGCUCAGGCUGCAGACACGCAUGUCAUGUGAUGCUCUACUCUGACACCAAAAGUCAGCUUUUUGGGAGAACUCCCAUCAAACAUAUCAUACUGAUGCAGAUGCGCUUUGACGGUCUGCUGGGUUUCCCUGGCGGGUUUGUUAAUCAAUCACAGGAGCGCUUGGAGGCGGGGCUUUGUAGGGAGUUACAGGAGGAGUUGGGUGUGACUCUUUCUAUAUCUGAAGACGAUCAUGCGGAUGCUCGCUAUGCCACUGGAACCAACUCGUCCCCCCGUCUCAUCACUCACUUCUAUGUGAAGAAGCUAAAGGAGGAGCAGAUUAAGGAGGUGGAGCAAGCAUCUGCCUCCACAGCAAAAGAUCAUGGCCAGGAGGUCUUGGGGAUGGUCCGAGUCCCCCUCUACACUACAAAAGGCGGGGGUGGCCUCUCAUCGUUCCUGUCGCAUGCGUUCAUCGGGAGUGCUCGCACCCAGCUGGUCGACUCUCUGCUGCGCCUCCACCUGCUUGCCCCCGAGGACCUGCACAAAGCCCUCAAGCACUCAUUGAAGACGCAUGCACUUGGUGCAGUGGACCUGCAAGCAGCACUUGCGCUGACUGAGGCCAAGAGGGAUCACUCUUGAAUAAUGGUUACUCAAGCACACACAUGGGUACAGUCACAAUAUGGGUCAACAAUAGUAACAGUUUCUCAACACCAAACUCAUCCUGACACACAAAAGGGCCUUACCUGAAUUGUUCCAACAAAGCAGGUAGCAAACAGGUGCAUCUCAGAAAAUUGGAAUAUUUUGGAAAAUGUUAUGUAUUUCAGUAUUUCACUUCAAAAAUUAAAAUUAAAUUAAUUAUUGUACUAUAGUAAAACAUUCACUACCCAAAGAGUGAAAUACAUAUUUUCUAUUCUUUUUCAUAAUUUUGGUGAUUAUAGCUUACAGUGAACAAAAACCCCAAAUUUGUCAUCUCCACUAAUUAUAAUAUUACAUAAGAAACUAAAUUAUUUUUAGUUAAAGAAUAUAUAUACAUAUAUAUUCUAAAGUCCUAAAAAAUAUUUUCCUGUGUUAAAUGAAUCUAUAUAAUAGCGUCACUUUUUGAAUUGCACUAUUGGAAUAAAGGAACUGUCUAUGAUAUCCUAAUUUAUUGAAAUGCACCUGUAGAGUUGUCCAAAAUGUCUUGGUAAUGUGUAGAAAUAAAAUUAAAUGUGAAUUAAGGAGUCUAGAAAAAUCCCCCGUUAUUCAUAAGUUGAUCGUGAGGUGCGUCUAUAUAGUGUACAUUAGCGGUCACCAAUAAGUAGCCCCCAAGGACCACAUGAGUAGGCCUGUUCAAAAAUAGAUUACCAGUGAGAUGUGUUAAUUUUUUUGUGGCUAUUCUUUUACAAAUCACACUUGCAUUGAUGUAAAUUUGGAAAUUACAGUCUUUAAAAAAUAUAUGCCUUAGUUCAAACGUCAGUAUUGUCGCUCAUGUCCAAACCUUAGGGUUCUGAAAACAAGCACCAGGGUGCAUAAAAAAUGAGGAUAUGAUUUAUACCCAAAUAAUUUGUUUCAAAUUUGUUAUUACAGAAACAUUUAUCAAACUGGGAGCCCUUCACAUUGAUCAGUACUCGAAAAUUAGCCCUUAGUUUUAAAAAGAUGACCCCUGGUAUACACCUGUCCAAAGAACAUCUGAAUAUGGUAGAUGAUGAUUUAUUUUCAUUACUUGUUGUUCUCUUUUGUAAGUGGCAUUUUUUCCCAUCAUAAAAAAAAUAAUAAGGUGGUACAGUUGAGUUCGUUUCAUACUGGGACGAUUUGGUACACCCUUAUUUUGAUACCAUAUGAGUUGGCUUGGCUUCUUCGGUGUUGACCACGUGUUUCCCUCUGAACAAAUGCACAUACACUCGUGUCCAUCUGUAGGGGGAGGGCUUGAGCAAAAAUACAAAACAUUUACAAUCAUGUACUCUUCCUGUGCUCAAUAAAAGUCUGCAGUACAACAUCGAUCAGAGAUUGUAAACACUUUGUUUUUUAAUUAUACCAUUACUUAACUUUGUGGUAUCUUUAAAAUGACACAAUAAGAACAUUUUUCACCAUUUAAACCGUUUUCAGGUGCCUUAAUAAAAUGUCUCUGGCAUUCUUCUCGCAAAAUAUAUAAAGUAUAAAGAAUGGUAGCACAUCUACUUAGAUCACUGGUUGAUAUCACUCUGUUUUGGAAAGCGGCAGCUUAUUCUCAUGAAAAUGAGACAUUGUGCUUACCUCCAACACAAUACCGAGUCGAGUAUGGCUUUCACUGGGCAGGCGGCUACUUGUCCUCAAACAGUCACAAACACAUUUG